GUUAAUUUUAAAAAGCAAAAUUUAUAUUAAAUUACAUUAAAAAUUCAUAACUUUUUGAAGUUAGAGAAUGACUUAAGUAUUAACACAAAUAAAAAAAUGAUAAUAUAGAUUAUUGAAUAAAUUCGUUAUUUUAUUGAUAAAUUUAGUUUCUGUAAAACAACAAAGAGAUAUUGCUUUUUUACGUAAAAAUAUAUAUUCUUUUUUCCUUUAUAUCUUUUUUCUUUAACCUAAAAUACAUUUUUAACUUAAAAAAAAAGUUAAUAAAUUAGAACUUUUGUAUCUUAAACAAAGCUUAUUAAAAUUAAAAAAUAACUUGUUUAAAAUAAAUUAAGUAAAAAAGUUAUUAACUUUUAAACUAAUUACUACCCGACUCUAAUUGCAUAUACAACUGACUACAUAUUAUUAUACGUGUUUCGUUUAAGCAAAAAUGAAACAUUUUUUGCUUAUUAUAUCUAUUCUAUCGAUGGCAAUGAUAAGUUUCGGCAAAUUACUUCUCGAGUAUGAAUGGAAAUAUCUUGAUCUUCUGUGGGAGAGUCCACAGCAGAAACAGGAAGCGAUAAACUCCGGCAGAUACAACGCUAGUGCAGCUUUUUUCUACGACGUAGACAAGGCACUUGAUGGUAGAAUAUUUAUUACUGCAGUGAGAGACAAAGGUAUACCAGUUAGUGUAUUGACGAUAACUGAUAAACAGGGAGAGGGUGGUCAACUUCUGCGUCCGUAUCCCGAUUGGUCUUGGUAUAAGGAUGAUUGCAAAGGUAUUACAGGUGGCGUUUAUAAUAUAGAAAUUGUAUGCAAUCAUAUGUUCGUUGUGGAUGACGGCAGAAUUGGGGAUGAUCAAGUAUGCUCACCUCAGAUAUUAAUCUUCGAUUUAUCAACUGACAAAUUGGUUAAACGUGUUACUGUACCGAUUGAAAUUGCGCAUAAUAAAACCGGCACUGGAUUGUUAUCCUCAGUUGCCGUUUUUGUCCCACAUUGCAGAAAUGUAAAGAAUGAUGCAAUUAUAUUCACGGCAGACGUGGAAGGUGCUGGUUUAGUGAUGUAUAAUGGACCUACUUCAAAGAUGUGUAGAAUCGAAUCUGAUUUUAUGAAACAGGCGGUUGACCCUUAUUUUAUAAUAGCAAACCAGAGUUAUCUCUUGCCUGACACUAUCUAUGGUUUGGCAAUUAUUGGUAGAGACUUAUACUAUGCUACAUUGACGGGAUGCCAAAUAUAUAAGGUAGACAUUUCGAAGCUAAUAGAAUGUUCAGAAACGGAUAUUAAUCAAGCUAAUAAAGACACUCAAUCGUUUGCAAUACAAGGUCCGACAGCAAUGUUAUCGUCUAACAAGUGUACACUAUUUUUUAGCGAUGUUACAAAAACAUCUCUUAUGUGUAUGGACACUGCUAAGGAAAUUAAUUUCAAAAACAUGGAACUUGUUGCAUAUGAUCCAAAACAUUUGGAAUUUCCAAGUGGGCUGAAGAUUAGACAUGGCGAAUUAUUGGUUUUAUCAAACAGAUAUCACCUACACAUAAGUAAUAAAUUAAAUAUAAACGAGAUAAACUUCCGUUUUCUCUCAAUGCCUAUUGCGGAAAUAGAAAAGAACACAAAUUGCUUUUCUUCCUGCAAAUACUAAAGAAAAUAAUCUGCGCAUUUGUGGAUUCUCUUAAAUAAAUUUUAAGUACUUCAGAUAAUUUUAAUUUGAGAAUAUAAAAAAAUUUUCUUAAAAUUCUGCAAACUUAACUAUCCAUCUGUACACUUAUUUUCACUAACGCGGGCUGUACACUAACCCCUUUUUGUCCUGUCCCUUUUUUUAAAUGUUAAAUUCAUGGGCAAAAAAUCUGAAAAAAAUUCCUAAUUAGUCUUGAGUGACAUUUUAAAUUUUAAUAAUUAUUUUGAUCAUUUAUUAAAGGGGAGCCAAGCUCCGUCUAUCACCAGUCUUGUGAUUACACAAGUGAAAAAUUUCGCUUGUUCCCUUUUGGGGUCAGUGUACAGACGGAGAGUUAAUAUUAUAUGUAAUAUAAUUGAUAAGAUCUAAAUAAAAUUUAUCUAAUAUUUUUAUAA